CAUUGCUUUCAUCUAAACCUUUGAACUAAGACUGGAAAAGGUAUUUUUCAAGAAAUACGACUUGCUGUAUUCUAAAAGGCAAUCAACAAGUUGUCUUUGUUGUAUUUUCUUAAUCAUGCCUGGUAUCGAUCUUUCGUUGUUGGCUGUGGCGGUGCUGGUGAUUAGCGUUAUUGAUUGCACUAGCUCGACCAUGUUGGAUCGUUAUGGGGAAAAUGUUAACGUGAGAUAUGUGCAAUAUUUUGAGACAGAGGGAAGAUCAACAUCGGUACGAUACUACCAGAAGACCUGUUCUAUGACAUGUAAUUUCCGUUUCAUUGGUUGCUGGGCUAAACGAAAAGUGUGCACGAAUCGUGCCAGUACUCGCUAUGUAACUGUAUACAAAAUCGUAAGCAAGCAAAGGCCAGUAUAUUAUUGCGCCCCUGGCUGGAGACAAAGGGGUUCUGAUUGCUCAAUUGCUGCAUGUUUUGGUUGCAAUAAAAGAGGAAAUUGCAAACAGCCAUGGAUUUGCACCUGUCACCAAGGCUGGAGAGGUUCUCAAUGCCAAAGCGAUCUCAAUGAGUGUGUUCGAAGGGAAACUAACAAAUGCAAUCAUAGAGCUCGUUGUAUCAACACUGUUGGAAGUUUCAGAUGUACAUGUACUGCUGGUUAUCGAUUGAAUGAUGAUUUAAGAACAUGCAACGAUGUUGAUGAGUGCGAGAGAAACACACACAGCUGUAGCGCAAAUGGAUUUUGUCAUAAUACUCGAGGCAGUUACAAAUGUUCUUGUAAGAAAGGAUAUCAACUGGGCAGUGAUCAGAAGACAUGUCAAGAUGUUGAUGAAUGCAAAACGUAUCAAAACGACUGCGAUUACAAAGCUGGUUGUCAAAACACCGUUGGAAGUUUUAUAUGCACUUGCCAAGCUGGAUAUUAUCUUGCUGCUGACGGGAAAACAUGCAAAGACGUGGAUGAAUGUGUUAAUAGCGACUGUCAACAGAACUGUGUCAACUACCUCGGUGGAUACAAUUGCUUCUGUAAUACUGGAUACCGACGAAACUCAAAAAACUUUAUGUAUUGCGAUGAUAUAGAUGAAUGUUUUGAGAAGAAAGAUGGAUGUUCUCAGAUCUGCACCAACAAAGAUGGCGGUUUUAACUGCAGUUGCAAUAAAGGAUAUCACUUAACUUGGGAUGAAAAACAUUGCAUAGAUAUUGAUGAAUGCUCCAGUGGAAAGCAUGGUUGUGAUCAAGAUUGCAAGAAUACACACGGAUCUUACGAAUGUUUGUGUAGAGAAGGGUUUGAAUUGUCCAGAGAUGGGAGAACUUGUAGUGGUAAACAAUGUCUACCUAUUUACACGCCAAUGAAUGGUAAUAAGACAUGUUCAGGAUAUACAACUGAACAUACCUGUGUCUUCACUUGCUCGACCGGAUUUAAGCAAUCUGGUUCAUCCAUACGAAGAUGCACACCCUCGCGACGUUGGACUGGGAAAGAGACAAAAUGCGAACCUAUUUAUUGUCCAGACCCUCCUGAACCAACCAAUGGAUUCAUUUAUCAUCCUUGCAACAAGCUUUUUAGUUCAGAAUGUAUAGCGGGCUGUGAUGACGGUUUCUAUAUUAACGAGACGUCGAAAAUGACAUGUACAGUGGAUGGUCGAUGGGAGCCAAAUAAAAUAACAUGCCACACAAAAAAGGGAUGUGAACCAAAUCCUUGUCGCCAUGGUGGCGAGUGUACUGAUAUAACAUCCAGCGAGUUUUCAUGUGACUGCUCGAGGACUGGGUACAAGGGAAAAAGAUGCGAAACUGGAUUCAUAGAUAUACCUGACUAUCCCACAAUAUUCGCAGAUGGUACUGCCACUUCUGUAGAGUAUCGAGUUUCACCACCAGACAACGACGUGUUCCUCAGACCUCAAAGUGUUGGAGUCCAGUUUGAUCCACCUGACCUACUUUUCAAGAAAAAAUCCACCACUUUACAAUCUUUAAAAAUAAUUGCCCGACGACCAGGGAUUUAUUUUGUUAGAUAUCAUUUGUCUGGUCCGGGUUCAGCUGGCUUUCGUGUUCCACAGAAAAACGCGCUUAUCGUCGAAACUUCUGAAAAAUCAGCUUUGGAAAUUUCCGAAGAAGAUUAUAUGACAUUUUCUUCUGAAUGCUACAGCGUCGAGCGUCAUCAAUGCUCACGUUCACAAGUACGAAUUACAGCACGUUCAACGAGACCUUGGCGGAAAAUGUUUGGUUUAUUGGUAGGAACUAACGGCAUUGUGAGUUUCAGCAAUGGAAAAUUUGAAAUACCUUAUUCAAUAACAGGUGACAAGUUUAUAUCUAGAAAUCCAUCGAGUUUGAAUAAUAAUUGUGGAUCCAGUCCAGCAAAGAAGUAUUCCUUGGCUGAGAUGAUAAAGCGUCGAGUUCUAACCAAGUCUUUUCUUAACGUUGUGCGAGACAGUCUUCCGAAAUGGCUGGAUGUAAAACUAAGAAGAAAUCUAUCAUCAAGAUCGGUGGUUGAAGAUGAUCUUAAAGUUUACUUCUUAUCUGGAAAACGGGUACUCGAGAAGUUAAAAAUUACAGGCCAACCAAUGACUGAUGGCACAUUUUAUUCCUUGUUAAUAUCACCUGAUCUUGACCUAAUUGUUGAUGGAGACCAUGUUUCAUUGGGAUUGCCUGAUCGUGAAGCCAGUUUCUCCGUUGCUCUUGAGCUAUGUGGCACUCCUCCAUACAAUGUCGUCUUGAAACCAUCAACAAAUCUGGUUGAUGUGAUCAACAAACUUUCCGUGUUUAAAAAACUGCGAGCCUACGGUUGGUCAUUAUCGAUAUUUUCCUUACAAAUUUCUAACAUUUCUAACAUUUCGAAAAGGGAAAGAAACUUGAUUAUGGCCACAAAGUUUAGCAAAGAUUUUAGAAUGUCAAACUCAGUGAACUUUCGCGUGGACUUUGAUGGAACAUUAAACCUUAACGUUCACAACUUGGAAAACAUGAUGGAUUCUCUGUUAGAUCGAAAAUUGCUGGCUGUGCUCGACGGUAGAAUUGCGCUCCAUAUGGAAUUUAUUGUCGAAGGGAAAAUGACAAAAUUAUCUAUUAAAAUAGCACGAACAAUAAGCUAUGCAACAUUUGGAGGGAGAGUGGAAGAUGCUUGCUUGCUUGAGACGAAACAAAGUACUCAAGGACUAUUUAUGGAAAACACGAUGGAAUAUAAUCCAUUUCUUCAUACAGAGCUUGACAGAUUUGUUGAACUUGAUCAACCUAGUAACAUGUCAUGUUUUCUUAGCGCAAUACUAUACCAUGAGAAGAUAAGUAAGAACUCUCGCUAUCGUGAAGCAAGCAAUGGCGUCAAAAUGACUUUCCAUGGCAAUCUUAAGUUUGGUGCCUUACGCUUUGACAACCUUGAGGUGGAGUUGCGUUUAGAAAAUCCUUCAUGCCAGAAUUCGUCGCAGGCGAUUCGAUCGAAGAUUAUUGCAAAGUUGGGUGGAAAAUAUGGGCAACGUUUUGAAACUGCACAGAAAAAACUAGGAAUUUUUAAAGUCAAUCGUGGUUCAAAAAUAAAUUUACAGAUUGGACGUGAAUCAGCUGCUGAUUCCGGGGGCUCUUUCUCCGGCAUUGCUAAUGUUCUUGGUUUUAAAAGUGCCGUAAACGUUGCCAUAUCACAAAGUGGCCUGGCCUUUUCUACAAUGGGGAGAAUAAAUGGAUUGUUUGAUGUAUCUGUUACUUUCAAAUCUAGCUUGGUGUCAUGGAAUGAUCAGCGAUACACAACAACUGGAGUUUUCGAGAUUAAAGAAGCCUCUGAUAACCUCGACCGACUUUUGGAAAAAGAAAUAAAAAAAUAUACAGCUGAGUAUUUAACAAAACUAAAAAAGAGAAUUGAUAUUUCUGGGGAGACUGAAAAUCGCGCACAAUCCCGUCUAAGGGAAGUUCAGAUCCUUCGGGAAGAGUCGCGAAAGAAGAUGAAUGAAAUUAAUGCCCAAUAUGGAGAAAUAAGUCAUCGAUUAAUUCGAGCUGAGGAAAAUUUAAAUCUUUUACUUGAAUUUAUCGACAGCUAUGGUGGUGAAAUUCAGCAGUUAACUGAGGAAUUAAACAAACUUUGCGAGGUGAAAAACUGUCCUAAAGUGUGUCAUCAAGGAAUAUAUUGUACACAAUGUUGGAGCUAUACAUUUAUUGAGAAAAACGUAACGUGUUCAUCAACGUGUCACAAGAGCAAACAGGAGCGUAUGCGUCCAUACGAAGAGCAAGCAAUUUGCAAAAAUGAAAGAUGUAAAAGAAUUCAUUCACAGACAAAUUGGGCUGGCGUUCUAGUAACGGCACUUGGCGUUGUCACGCUUAAUCCUGUUAUAGUAGUGGCUGGAGUUCGUUUGCUUGAACCAGGAAGCGAACAUGGAUGGCAUUGUUAUUAUUCUGAAGUUCCUUGCCAAAAGCCGAUAUUUAAUUAUGACUAUAUUCACACUCCGUACAGCUGUGAUGAUACCUGUUUACAAAAAGUGGUUAAUACGACAAUAAGAGAAAAAUGUUGCUCCAAUCUAUCGUGUGCAUCGUUCAUUGCUAACGUCAGUUGUUUUGCUGAGAAUUCGCUUUGUAAAAAAGCAAGAAAAGAGGCUUUAAAGGAAAUCACAAAAGUUAAAGCUGACGCAGCGAUGAUUGUUGGAAGCCUAGACAGUGCAAGACAAAAUCUUUCGUUCUGGAAUUUGAGGAGGGAAAAACUGUCCAUAACAAUUCUUUCAGCUAAGCGCUCUUUGGAUUCAUACGAGGAUGCCGCACAGAACCUUGAAAAGGCGUACAAUAUUACAAAAGAGAAUCGGAAAAGGAUAUUCGGUAUUUUGGCUAGGACAUUGUCCAGGUUGAGAAACUCUUUGAGUGAAAAUGGUAAAUCGCUUAUUAAGAUAUUAGAUAUUACUUUUGAAACGAAAGUAUUGCCACAACAAGAUACUGACGUAUUACUUCUAAACAUUAAGCUGCAGUUUAAUAAGAAACAACACGAAUUGUCAACUUUACUUAACUUGAAAAACUUGGGGAGGUCCCUGAGGAAUAUUGCCAAAGAAAUUUUGGAAGAGCUUGUCGAAGAAAAUGCUCAGAUUUCUAGAAAAAAACGUUCGGUAAAUAUAAAUGAUAUAUUUAACGAUGUUUACAUUUUGCAAUCCUUCCAUAGAUUAUGCUCAGAGUUUAGUACGUUCAAACAAACUCUGGAGGAAGUGGCGAGGUCACUUUUUGAAAGGGCCGAAAAACUGCAAAUGCUUCGCAAUGAAGAGGUUCAAAGGAAAUCUUUCUCUUUAAACAACAGCGUCAUUUUUGAAAACUUUAAUGUGAACAAAGAAAAGUUAUUGGAAUAUAACAUCAAUGUAAACUACGAUUCUUACAUAAGAGCUCUUAAAAACGAUCCUGAGUUGUUGGAAGCAAAAAAUGUUCAAAACGAAGCUUUGAAGAACGAGUAUGGUGCAGUCCAUUCAAGCUCAGUAUUGUUUUACAAAAAUUGGUUAGCAACCAUGGAGAGCAUGUUUGCUGAAUACUCUGGAGAAUGCAGUGGUUUUGAAGAUUGCCUGAAGUACACGUUUGACAGUUUAUUGGAGAUAAGUAUUGGAUCAAGUGCACUGAAUGGGAAUAAAUUACGGGAGCAAAUACUAAAUCUGGAGAGAAAAUUUUUUAAUGUAACCAGCAAAUCAAAUAUGUCGGUUAAUGAGGCAGUACAUGUUUCAAGAGAUCUUUUGAGAGACGUUAAAGACAUGAGUGGUGUUGAGGACGUUUGUGCGCAUGCCCCAAAUAUCACCCAACAGCCCGAACCGUUCACCGAGUUGGGUGUGAACGAGACACUUGUUUUAACUUGCGAAGCUGCAGGAGAUUUCCUUGUUUAUCAAUGGCGUUUCAAUGGUGAAGUUUUAAAUAAUCAACAUACAAAUAUCUUACGAAUCAAUAACACGAGUCCAUCACAUUCUGGUAACUAUUCUUGUGAUGCAUCAAAUCACAUCGCAAAGGCAUCUUCAAUCGUUGCAGUUGUGGUUAUUGCCACUCCUCCGCUGAUUGUUCUGCACCCAGUUCGUCGUCUCAACGUUGUCUUAUCUGGAUACUCCUCACUGCAUUGCAAAGUUAAAAAGGAUGCCCACAAUACAUCUUACCAUUGGUGGUUCAGGGCUCCAAAUUCAAGUUCCUUUGCGUCAAUUCCAAAUGAGAGAUUUUCUCAUCUCAGCUUCGUCCCAGUAAAACUCCACCACGAAGGAUGGUAUUUCUGUAACGUUUCCAACUCGUUUGGCCACACCAUUUCUAAGUUGAGUUUUGUCCAGGUGUUAAAAUACAGUCUUCCAGUACCAGUUGCUAAACUGUCAUUGACAGUCAUAUCUAAGUAUUCCAUGAAUGAAACGUCGGUAUAUUAUCGUGAUACAUUAGCAAAUAUCCUGAAAUCUCGUCUGGCUUUUGAGAAUAGGAAUUGCAUGUCAACUGGUGAGUUGAUGAAAGAUUUAAAACUCGGCGAAUGUAACAUUGUCCCAGGAUAUUAUGACGAAUUAGAACGUACCGAAGUCUGUGACUGGACAUUUAAAGUCAUUGGUCAGAAUGUCACCUCAAAGAAAGAUUCAAAGGAAAUUACUUCGUCUUAUGAAGUUGAGAAAAUAGUCAACGCAACUUACAAUCUCAAGAAUGUACUUGCUGACAGCGACAUUGCAAAUAAUAUUACGUUUUUAAAGCGUAAUUCUAAUCAUUCUGCACUGGCGAACUCUUUAACUAUCAUGGAGAUGUCUUUAAUAUGUCCCAAGGGCCAGUUUUUCGUCGAAAAGGUCUAUAAAUGUGCUCAAUGUCCGCCAGGAUUCAAAGGUGUGUUGAUCAAUGGCACGGCAACAUGCGCUGUUUGUCCUCGUGGUUUCUAUCAACCAAAAGCCGGUAAAACAUUUUGCUAUAAGUGUCCUGAUGGAUUCGCAACCGCUGAAGCAGGCGCUAUCCAAAAGAAGAAAUGUAAAGACGAAAACAAGUAUUUUAUGAGUCUUUUACUGGAGAAUGAUUACCAUGGUGACGUUCUUGUCACGAUCAACGCGUCAGGUCUGCUGGAAAAUGUUUACAUGAAACCAACAGAAACAGUGGUUAAGAACAAAAAGUGGAAGUUUGAAAGGUUUGUGACUGUGAGUGCAGUCGAGGCUGGUACAAAUCGAGUCCUUGAAAUCGAUGGACAAUCUGUUAUUCCUCUAAAACCAACGAUGGAAAAGUCCGCUGUGUUGAAGGUUCUGAAUGUCAAAGCUCCCCGUUACAACACGUACCUUGUUAAAUCAGAUGCACAUGGCUAUUUGCAUCAUUAUCGUAGUCAUCGCGACGACAAAGAUCUUCUACAAUUCUCAAAGGCUCGCGCUCCAGCUCAUUUCCGUUUUAUAAAUCACAAAGUCCUUCAGGAAGUUAAUACCAAGAAAUGCAUUUACGUUCGAGAAGACAAACUGGUCGUCCUUGAAUAUAAUUGUAAUGGAUCAACCACCAGCAGAUGGUCUUACAAUUCAUCCGAGAGACAUUUGAAAAUUGCUCCAAUCAGUCGUGAUUUGUGCUUGGGCCUCUGGCAAAAUGACGGUUUCCCUGAUGAAAGUGAAGUUCGCCCUGGUUUGUCUCAUUGUGAUGAUGAGAACAAGAUCUCCUUUGAACCAGAUAAAGAUGAAUGUUUCUUAGACUUGGACAACUGUGGCAAUAAUUCUUAUUGUAUUAACACUGUUGGUGGUUUCUCGUGCCAAUGUGAUGUAGGCUUUACCGGAAAUGGCAUCAAUUGCAUUGAUAUUGACGAAUGUUCCCUGUUAACUCAUACAUGUGUUCCAAAUGCGAACUGCACCAACACUCAUGGAUCGUAUGUAUGUUCUUGUGAUGCCGAAAACGAAUCUUCUUGUAAAGAAAGAUUCAUCAGAUUACGAGGUCCAUCAAGUUCAAACGGAACUGGUCGUGUGGAGGUAUUCUAUAACGGUCAAUGGGGAACAGUUUGUGAUGAUGGAUGGGAUAUAAAUGACGCUCGAGUUGCCUGUCGUCAACUUGGUUAUCGGAAUGCUCUUGGGGCUUUUCAUGGAGGUCAAGUUCCUUCUGGUUUAGGAGAAAUAUGGUUGGACGAGGUUGAUUGUGCUGGCAAUGAGCAAAAUCUUUCAAGUUGCUCUCAUCCGAACUGGGAAGGACAUGACUGCCGCCAUUCUGAAGACGCUGGAGUGGAAUGUACUCAAGAAGAUGUCGAUUAUUGCUCUUUGGGAUUGGACAACUGUCAUUGGUUUUCCCAAUGUACCACAACUGAUGCGGGAUUUUCUUGCAGAUGUAAUGAAGGGUAUACCGGUAACGGCGUUACUUGCAUGGGGAAGAAUAUUAGAUUAAAAGGGCUAUCUAUUUCCAAUGGCACUGGUCGUGUGGAAGUGUUCCAUAAAGGACAAUGGGGAACAGUCUGUGAUGAUAGAUGGGAAAUAAAUGACGCCCGCGUUGCCUGUCGUCAACUUGGUUAUCCGGAUGCUCUUAGAGCUCUUCAAGGAAAAGAUGUUCCGUCUGGUGCAGGACAAAUAAUGUUAGACGAGGUUGGUUGUACUGGAAGUGAGCAAAAUCUGGGCAGUUGUUUUCAUCGGGGGUGGGGAAUCAGUAACUGCGGUCACUCUGAAGAUGCUGGAGUGCAAUGUUCUUUAGAAGAUCCAAGAAUGAUGGAUUCAAGUCAUAAAAAAGGAACAGUUUCCAAAAUCCAUUCCUCCUUGACCCCUUCUCACUCAAGCCAAGCUAAGGCUCGAAGCGAUGUUUUACCGGAAAGAAUUUCAUCCAAAUCUGAUCAUGCUCAGAUUGAACCAUUGAGCGGCGAAAAUUAUGACGAUUCCCGAGAUGCAAGUGAAGGAAAAGGACAAUAGGUUGACGAUCAAGAAGAUGCUCAUUGAUUAAUAUAUCGUUGAUUUACAUGGGAGAUUAUUAGAAUAUGAUAAAAUUUAGUAGUUUGGGAUUUAGUUUCAUUCUUUUCCAUGAUCAUUUUAGUCUGUAGACUAUAAAUAAAUAGUCAAUCAUUUGGUAGACUAUAAUUAAAUAAAUUUACUUUUAAUUUCUUGAAAAUAUUUCUUAUUCUUUGUGAAGUGUUGUUAUUCUAUUGAAACCUACUUUUGAAUGAUAGAACAAUAUAAUAGUACCCAGACAAACAAACCUUGAUUAAUAACCCAUGCUGGUCACAACCGUUUUCAAACGUUUCGGUCGUAAAUCUAGAAAAACAAGUAAAUUAUUAUGAAGUCUGCAUUGUGUGAGUGCACCUAAUGUUACAAAUAUAUUGGCCGCCAAAACGUUAUAAUUCCUGUAUUCUAUGAAUUUCAAGAACUAUAUUAAUCAGUAAAACCCUUUAUGUCCAAGUUAAUGGUAUUAAAUACAAAUUUAUGUAACCGCACUGAAAUAUCCAAAUUAAGAUCACCGUAGUGUGAAACCUGAUGUUAAAACUUAAAAAAAGAGCUCUUGUUUAUUUAAAUCAACGGCUAGCUAGACACUUGGCUUUCACAUGCACAGAAGGUUUAAAUUACAAGAAAUGAUCAAAUUCAUCA